AUUGGUCAGCAACCGCACGUUAUCCAAACACUUCCUGUAAAGCUUCAUGGCAGAGAAGGAUAACAAGAAGUGAUAACAACGUUGUCUGCUUGUAAACUAUUCUAUUUGAUUUGCAGAUGUGGAGCAGAAUACUGAGCCCUCGCGUGAUCAGUAGAACAACUUUCUGUUGGAGGAGUCUCUUCACUAUGCAGCUGAAGACCAGCGAGUUUCAGAGUCUGUUCACUGAUGGACUGAAUGGACUAGCAGCGUUGUUUGCGAAGCAACAGCAUGAGCUGAGGAUAGCUGGAGGCGCUGUACGGGACCUACUGUCUGGGAAGCGGCCUGAAGAUGUGGACUUUGCCACCACAGCCACUCCAGAGGAGAUGAAGAACAUGUUUGAAAAAGCUGGCAUCAGGAUGAUCAAUAGUAAAGGAGAGGAGCAUGGGACCAUUACAGCAAGACUACACAAUGAGACCUUUGAGGUGACCACAUUGCGGGUGGAUGUUCAGACAGACGGACGUCAUGCAGAGGUGGAAUUCACCACUGAUUGGCAGAAAGACGCUGAGCGGAGGGACCUCACCAUCAAUUCCAUGUUUUUAGGGCUUGAUGGCACAUUAUAUGACUAUUUCAAAGGAUAUGAAGACCUGAAGAACCGUAAGGUUCGGUUUGUUGGCAGUGCUGAACAAAGAAUCCAAGAGGACUACUUGAGAAUAUUGCGUUACUUCAGGUUCUACGGCAGGGUGGCCCUGGAGCCUGAUGAUCACGAGCCUGAGACGCUGACCGCUAUCAGGGAAAACGGCCGCGGGCUUGCAGCUAUAUCAGGAGAACGGAUAUGGAGGGAACUUAAGAAGCUGGUUGUUGAUAACCAUGCUGCCCAUCUACUGGAGCUGAUGUACACUCUGGAACUGGCCCAGUACAUAGGUUUACCUCCAGGUGGCAAUGUUGAGGAGAUGAAGCGAGUGUGGCAGAAUGCCAAAAACCACUCUCCCAAACCCAUGACCAUCCUGGUUGCUCUCUUCCACCACCCAGACGAGGUGGAAAAGAUGGACAUCCGAUUGAAGGUGUCCAAGGAGGAGAAGACUCUGGCUCAGUUCCUGGUCAAACACAGACAUGAGCUUCGCAUAAAUAAGGAUGAGCCGGACAGCCUUAAACCUUUCACUGACUUUAUCAUCGACAGUCGAAAGCUGGAUUCCCAGAGUCAAGUUUGUGAGCUGCUGAAGUAUCAAGGCGAAGACAAGCUGCUGGCAGAGCUCUGCAGAUGGUCCAUCCCUCGCUUCCCAGUCAGCGGUCACGAUCUGAGGAGGAUGGGGAUCACGUCAGGCACGGAGAUGGGUGCCACCUUACAGAAUCUCCGUGACAUCUGGAAGACAAGUCAUUAUCAGAUGGAUAAAGAUGAACUCCUCAGUCACGUAAAGCUUUAAAUGGGGAGAAAAAAUGAUUUAUUUUGUUCUUGUGUGAGUCAAACAAUAAUUGUCUGAAUACCUGAUUCAGUAAUUGUGCUGCUCACAGGAAUCGAUUGCGCAGACUGCUGGAUAUUGUUCAGAAACGACAAGACAAGAACAGAGACAUGUAUAGCUGCUGUUUAUUGCAAUUUAAUUCUGAAUCAGCAUGGUCAAGAGAACACACACCAUGUACUCUCAGCAUUACAGCUGCCACCAAUGUGUGCUGGACAAUGAUCCCUGAUUUCUCUGUAUGAGGUGUUACAGAGCUGUAGGCACAGUCCUGAGAUAAACAGCUCAGUUACUUCUUUCUAAAAAAAAACCUUAGUGGAAAGCAGAAGUUUCACUUUCUAUAAAGUCCAUGUGUAAUGCGUUAUAAACAUGUUGUAAUCUGCUAAUAGCACUGUAUUACUAGUUAUUAAUACUUUAUAAAUGUGUGUAUAUAUAUAUAUAUAUAAUUGUUUUAUAUAUAUAUAUAUAUAUAUAAUGCUUCAUUACAAUAAUCAUAGCAUAUUACAAAACAUUUUAUAAUGACUUCUACAAUCAGGUAUCAUAUUACUUCAUAAAGCUGGUCGCUUAUUGGCAUAUUUUCCAAGCCCAUAUCUAAUAUGCAUUAUAAACUUACUUCUGAUGUAUUAUAGUGUUAGGAUCAGCCUAACCCUAUAAUCACAUUAUUAUUAGAGCCAGACUGAUAUGGGAUUUUUGAAACAGAUGGCAAUACUGAUUUGAGAGGGGGAAGACUCAUCAAUAACCGAUGGUGGCUCAUAUAAUCUUUUUUUAUUUUUUUUAUUUUAGCUGGAUUGAAUAUAGACCUUUUUUAUGUGGAUUGUGCACAAAUUUUCCCCCACUCUGCAAAGGUACCCAGUGAAAUACUUUCUCUUAACAUAAAACUUUUAUUAAAUAAUAUUUUUUUUUACAUUAUACAAACAAUGUUUUACAUUGUCUUGAGAAAAUUAAGAAUAAAUAGGAAUAAAAUAAAUAGCAAAAUAAACAUGAUUACUGUUAAGUUUCAGUCAGUUGCUUGGUACAUAUCGGACUACAUACAUAUGUUUACAAUAUCGAUAUGCCUUUGAUAGGCCAAUAUUGACAGAUAAUAUCUGUAAAUCAAUAUAUUUGUCAGGUUCUAAUUAUAAUGCAUUAUGUGAAAUGCAUAAUAUAAAAUAUACCAUGAUCUUGGCAAUAAAUGUCGGUGAGUGCCCAGCAAUUAUGAACUAUAAUGACCUUGUAAGUCAUUAUGAAAAGCUUCACAAUGUGUUGCAAUUAUUGCUAUGAAGCAUUAUGAAUAUUUGAGUGCUUAUUAUUUAUAAUUAUAUGUGCUAUAAACAGAUUAUAAUCCAUGAUAAGUAUGUUUAUAAUGCAUUUCAAGCAUUGGCUUCAUAGAAAGUGUUUGUGUAUUGUGUCUGGGCUGUUUUCUGUAUAAAAAUGCUCUAUAAUAAGGUUCUAUUUGUUAUUGUAAAGAGUAACGUGGCGAUUCUUUUGUUUGAACCUACACACUGCAGAAUAAAAAGCUAUAUGUUUAA